AAAACUCGCUCCCUGUCAGCCAGCCUGUAAUUAACCGUUUGCCGAAGUGUGUGUCUCUUCACCAGCAGAUGGUGCAUUCCUCGGCCUCUUACGAAUCGCUGCUGCUUCUUGCGUUGGAGGCGGAGUUUUGCUCUGCUGUCGUCGUGUCGACGCGCAGGCGGCGAGCAGCAGGCGGAGGGCACAGUGCUGGGUCCAUCUCCAUCCCGACUGGAUCACAGGACCGACAUCAUCACACACACACACCCCCACCCCCCACGUCCACCCUGACAAGGACAACCGCUCCCCGAAAUAAGAAUACACCGACAGGACCUUUUUCUUCUGAGAAUCAAAGGUAGAGAUCUCAUCGAAAGCAGCGAGAUGCUGGCCUGCACGGAGAUGAUAACCAUGUGUCUUCAGUCUGCCAAGCACGAACACAUGAGAAAACAGCAGGAGCUUGACCACAACCAAAAUCAAGGCUUCUCUCUCGUCCAGGAUAUAUUCCGCCGGGCAGACAAAAAUGAUGACGGGAAGCUGUCCUUGGAGGAAUUCCAGUCGUACUUCACUGAUGGUAUCCUCACUGAAGAGCAGAUGCAGGAGCUGUAUUGCUCCAUCGACAGGCAGCGGACAGACAACUUGGACAUAGACAAACUGUCAGAGUACUUCACUCCACACCUGGGAGAAUAUGUCAAUGUCCUGUCUGCUCUGGAAAAGCUAAAUGUGGCCAUUUUGAAGGCCAUGGACAAAACUAAAGAGGAGUAUCAGGGUUCGUCAGUGCUGGGUCAGUUUGUGACACGCUUCCUGCUGAGGGAGACCUCCACCCAGCUGCAGUCCCUUCAGUCAUCACUGGACUGCGCUAUGGAGGCUGUUCAUGACCAGGGCUGCACAGGGAGGAGGAUAGUGAGGACGCCUGAGGACCUGCCUAUCCAGAGGGUCCCCAAACGCCCCGGCAGACGCAUUCAGAAGAACAUGUGUCUCUCCCCUACUGACCCCUACUCUGGCAUGCUCACCACAGGGGUAAGCGUGGAGCCAGACAACCAUUGGGGCUCCCAGAUCAACCAAUUGGAGCAGCUCAUAGACAAGCUGGAGUGUGAGAGUCCACAUCUUGAACCUCUCAAAGAGGACACAUUGGCAGGAACGUAUAAAUCGAACAUACUUCUGGUUCAGAGACAAAUGUCUGUUAAGGAAAGGGUUGUGGAGCAGUUUCAGCAAGCUCUUAAAGUCUACACAGAUGCCACCUGCAGCCAGCUAAACAACCUGCACGUUUCAGUCCAGAACCUGCCAGACAGAUCAUGCUUCAUCAUGUACGAAUUUUGGCAGGACCGUCUCUCCUGGAUGAGCUACCUGCAGUCGUCCAUCAGUAAGACCUUCCAGCGCUGCAUUAUCGACUCACUGGAAGAGCCAGAGAUGAUCUCCACCAUGCUGCUCCCAGCUUCUUGGUGGAUUAUGAACAACAACUGACAGAGUGAAGCUGCUGCUAUUCAACACAAUAAAAGCAGGAGGAAGAGGCCAUUGUAUAAUCGUUUUAUUUUUGUUCUUUGAUAUUCACUUUUUCCUCGUGGCAUGAGCAGGAUUGUUUUCGCCAAGCUUUGCUCUGAGUUUAUAAAAAUGAAGAUUGCUUGGAUAAAUCAGUCAACGGUGAAACAAAUUAAACCCUUGAAUGAAUUGAGGUAAUGCAAUAUUUUAUGGUGCAAUCAGGAUAUGUGCCAACAUUCAUGUAAAAUCCAUGUAUGUUAUGUUAUGUAUUGGCACAUUUCUGAUUUAAUAGAAAAAAAGAUUUGCAUGAUUUCUUGUUUCUCAGUGCUGGUUUAUUUUGAUCAAAACUGCAUCUUAGAAUAGAUAAAAUGUCAGUGAUGCCACAAAAAUAGAAACACAUAAAUGACAACUGAUUUUUCCAUCUGUCUCUAUCAAUAAGUCAUUCUUCAGUACGGGCAAAAACUGAAAUAGUGGCAGGGUUAACCUGCAUUUCCUCUUGUUCUCUCUGUGGUUUUGUGCUUUGCUGUCUUCUUCAGAGCUUUGCUAUCAAGCGUCUUUUUCUUGAUGGGUUACACAGCCAUUAGAUAGAACAUAGUUAAUGAACAGUUAUGGUCCACAUCUGAGCUGUUGUCAUGUGUGUGUCACUCCUGCACUUUAGAGAAACAUAAAACAUGGACCUAAUUGUGAAGAAUGGAUAUUUAUUGUAGAUUUGUUGAAAAUGUAGUAUAACAAGCCAAGCUGCACUGAUGUGUAGCGACACAUUAACGGAAUAUAACAAUUAACCAAAUAAUUCUGCGGUUUGUCUGUACUGUUACUCUAGAAAUAAAAGUCAAAAGCCAUUAUUUUACAUUUGCAGUGUGUAAUCAGAAGAGUUUGACAGUACAACACACACAAAUAGGAGUUUAUAUUUUCAGUACAGAAAUUAAGCAGAAAAUGUUUAGUAUAAUGCCAUGAGAAAUAAAGUCAUUUCAGAUUGUGUACAGUAGUAAUUGAAAGCUGUAAGAUAAAAAUACUUGUUGUGGUAAAUGUACAGUAAAUGUACAGGAGGAAUGAAUGUGUUCACUCUUUCUUUGCAGUGUUUAUCAGUUCUUUCUGAAGAAUAUACAGUUGAUAUGUGGCUACUAUGUUUGUUUUCUGGCAUGAAAUAAAGUUCAUGACUUGUUGAUGGCAUGAAAUGAUGCAUUAACUGCCCCACUGCUUAAGAAGAGUAUAGUUUUUAAAAAACUGAAGGCAUUUCUAAGUAAACUAAUAAUAAAAUAUGGUUCACUGUAUUAUGUAUGAAAUUUUAGAGGGAAUAUACUGCCUGAGGAAAAAUUAGCAACUUGACUAAACACUGGCUUUAAUGUUGAAUUUUGUGAUUAAAUUGCAUUAGAAUAUAAUUUACAUGCACAGCAACCCUCAGAGAAACUGAAAAAGAACAACAAUAUUUUCCAUCUCCUUGAUUGAAUAAGACUGACAGACUAAAAUCAUUUGUAAAUAUAAGCUCAUGAUAUCAGCAGCUGUAACCUUUGAGAAUUGUCAACAAAACAAUGGAACAAUUUCAGACCCACCUUGUGUUGGCUGCUUUUUGCUCUUCGA